AUGUCAAAUAGAGAAGAUAUUCUAGACGAUUCCCAGUUGCCUACACCUGCAUCUACCCCAGCUCCAAGUUCUGAAGAGAUUGACGAUAAUCACGUCGAUUCUGAUUCCAGCUCAAUUGAUUCAACCCAUUCAGCGCACACUAUGGUCCCAGCAUCUCAUCAACAGAUCAACAUGGCAACUACUGCCCCUGAGAUUUUAGAUACUGAUACUCCAGCACAACGACAAGCCAGUAAAAUGACUUCGAUUUUACAUAAGGUUGCUAUUUCCACGAAGCUGUCGUCGUCUAAUUACGUUGCUUGGUCAGAUAGCAUACGUUUCGGAUUAAUGGCGGCAUCAUACGAUCAUUAUCUUGAUGCUGAGGAAGUGACAGGACAAACCAUCGACCCUGAAAUCAUCUUAGCCACGAAGAAAGCCAUCUUCUACUGGUUGCUCGCUAGCAUCGAGUCCACCCAAUCCACCCGAUUCAUAUCUAUGAUCUCGAAGUUCGAAAACGGCAUUAAAACUACCCCUCCAUCGCCUUCGCUUCUAUGGAAGACUAUCAGAGAUUACCACAUCAGUAAUUCGGAAUCUGUUAAACUCAUGCUGAGAAGUGAUAUCACCGAUUUGUCUCAAGGCUCUACGAAGGAUCUCCUUGAUUACAUUGAUACUUUCAGAGCAAAAGUGGACGCUUACCUCGGCUCGAACGGAGAGAUGUCUGAAGAAGAACAAGCGAGACAGUUUGUUAGGUCACUCAAUCGGGAGUGGGCUGAGAAAGGAUGUUUUCAUCGAAUCGCCAACAAAUCAGUCGAGCUGCCGAAUCCUCUGAAGCCAGUCAAAGUCGUCGAACUGGAAGAUGGUCGACGUGUAACAAAAACAAGUGCUUAG